AAAACUUCACCACAGGAAAGGAAACGGGGCAGACCCAGAAAAUCGCAUGUGCGUGGGAAGCUGAACUUGCAAUUCUUUCCAAAAUGCUCUGACCAUUUGGAUAACAAAAAAUCUGGAGAUACUACACAUGGCCACGUAAAAAGUUCACCACAGAAAAUGACACGGGGCAGACCCAGAAAAAAAGCGCACGUGUGUGGAAAGUGUGGUUAUACCACACGCCUAAGUUACAGGUUCAGGCAGCAUGUGAGUCUACAUACAGGGGAGAGACCUUACAGGUGUGACCAGUGUGACUACGCGGCUAUUCAGAAGGUCAACCUACUCAAACACAUGGCGGGUCAUGCCAGGAACAGCCGUGUGAAGUGUCAGCAGUGUGGGUACAGCACAAACCAGCAAUCAGCUCUCUCAAGGCACUUGGCUGUCCAUUUGGAACAGAAAGCCACAAAUAGCAACAACGCUGUAACUUCAGACUCUAAAAAAUCCAGAUACAAAGCGAAACAGCAACUUUUCUGCGAUCAAGACAAACCUGAGACAAAUAUCGAACCAGUUCCUUCAACACAGUACCAGAGUGCUCAAACAAAUCAUACGACAACGCACAACGAAAAGGAAGCCGAAAAAGUUUGCAAUGCUACGCAUAUGCCAUCUACAGUAGCUGAACGUGUUGAUCCAAAUGUCAGGAAGCGAACAUUAGUGAAUGGUGAAAGAGAACCCAAGACAAAGCAGGGCAAAGAUCAAAAGAGGCGCAAAAAGAAGUUAAAGGACAACAACGAGACGAAACCAUUUGUGUGUACGAAGUGCGGUUAUGCCACUGCGCAUAAGCGCGACUUCAAAAGACACAUGCUGAAACAUAGUAGCGAGAAGCCCUACAAGUGUGACCGCUGUGACUACUCUGCCAUUCAAAAGAGUCAUUUGCAUGCUCACAUGAAGGGCCACACGCGCAAUGGUCUUCUGAAGUGUAAGUACUGUGGCUUCAGCUCAGAUUAUCAAUCUGUGGUCACAAGGCAUGAAGAAGUCCAUCUACGCAAGGAAGCUGACAAGAGUGGCAAUUCCACAACAUCACAAGGAGAGAACCCACACGUUAACAGUGAAACUCCACCGUUACUGAACAUCAAGGAUAGAUACAAACUGAGAGACAAAGUAGGUGUGGUGAAACCUGAAACAGCUCACACAGGAGAGAAACCAUACAAACACAGAAGACGUGCUAGUAACGCAGAGGAUGAAAUGCGUCAAAGUAUCGAAGCAAGCGCGUCAAAUUCGUCAGCAACUUUCCUGUGUUGGAAGUGCCAAGAGAUUCACACUGCAGAAAAACCCUGCAAGAUACGAAGACCUGAUCCAGAAGAGGAAGAAAGGCCUGUGAGUCGGAAAAUCAAACGGAGUGCGUCAAACCUGUCCAAGCCUUUCCGUUGUGGACAGUGCGCGUACCUCACGAAUGACGUCUGGAAGUUUGACCACCACCUGCUGGAACAUUCGUGUCUGGACUUGUCCAAGAAGCGAUAUCUGUGUGGUCUGUGUUCAUUUACGGCAGCAAAGAAGUCUUCCUGGGAUAGGCACACACUCAAGCACUGCGACACAAAGCCAUUUGCCUGCAACAAAUGCAACUUCCGGACAAAGUAUGAAGUCUACCUGUCGGCUCAUGCCAAAAGGAUGCACCCUUCGCAAAAACCCAAAACUUACAAACAUGUUAAAAAACACGUGCCCAAAUUUUCCCGUCCGAGGUAUGACCCAAAGUCAAAGUACAAGGACAUGUACACGGUAAAAUACAAUUACCCUGCUACUGCGUACAGCUGCAAAAAGUGCGAGUAUGCGGCGGCUUUGAAGGUGUUAAUUCUGCGUCAUGUAAAAACCCACACAUGAGGGAAUUCUCAGAACUGUGACAACAGUUUAUACUGUGAGUCAACCUGGAGACCAAAAUAAACAGGUCUCCAAGGCUUUAACUUCAAGUCGAAGAAUGAUGAAGGUUACUAAGUUUUCCUCUCCAAAGUCUGACAAGAAAUCACAGAAUUGUGACGGCAACAACAGUUCCUACAGUCAAGCUGGGGACGAAAAACAGGUUUUCAAGUCGGAGAAUGACACAGGUUACCAAGUUUUCCCAUCCAAAGUCUGACCCAAA